ACCUCUCUUCUUAGCCUACGUCUUCGAAACUGUUGUUCUAAAUUCCAAAUUUUUGGUCUUAAUGGCGUCGAUGGGGCGUCAUCUCUCACGAUCUCUCGUAUACCAACUGAAGCAGCCCAGAUGGAACCGAUUGUUUUUGAAGUCCCACACUAAUUUGCAUUCCGUAUCCGUUUACCUAGGACAGCCACGAGUGUUCAGCAACAAGUCCCACGAUCUCGAUGCCUUUGAUUCGAAAAAUAAGCCGAUGAAAUUUAAUUGCUUUAGUAAGAAAUGUAACGUCCUUAACGAAAGUGUACGGACGGUGGAGGUAGAAACCUUCCAACAAACCAAGAGCCAGCUUAGCAUGCACCAGCAAAAAAAAGUCCUGGAGGAAAAAAUGGGGAGAAAUCGGUCGGGUACUGAGGAUGCAUCUUACUCAAAAUCAGUAUUUAUAAGGGGAAGGCACAGGGUGCGGAUUUCAUUGUCCUGGGAUAAAGUCAACGGCUGCUUGCUGUAUCUUACAAAACUGAGUCUUCCUGCACCAGGCACACCUUCCGAGCCCAUGUAUCUCAGCCAACAACGAUCGUUUUGCAAAAAGGUCGAUGAGGAUGAGUGCUUUUGUAAAAAGACGGUGGAUGAAAACUGCGCUUUACAGCCCUUACCAAAACAAGAACCCCCGAAAUGUUCAAGGAUAUCCAGAAAGCGGAAGCAUUUACUAGAGAAAAAGAACAAGGCGUCGGAUGCCGAAGUCGCUGUGGAAGCCGAGUCUGAUGUGAAGUCCCUAGACGAAGCCGUCGAUGAGUUAAAGCACAGUUGCAUGCUAGCUGCCGAGAAGAAAGACUGUGAGCGAAGGCAGUACAAGGCCCUCUGCAAGGAGUUGAGAGCCUCAGGGCCGCGGGAAGAUUCAAAAGCUGUAGAUUCGCUCGUAAAGUGCAUGCUAUCUGGAAUAAAGAAAGCCUGCGCAGCUCACGCCCAAAAGAUGGUAUGCCAGAAAAAGUACGCCGAGGAGAUUGCUGCUGAAGAAGCUGCAAGGAAGGAAAAGGAGAAAAAGGAGGGUAAACCACUUGACUGUACCAAGCCUGACGAGGAAGACGAAUAUAGCUCGUUAAACAAGGCUGAGAAGAAGAAGGCCAAAGAAGAAGCCGAGCUUGUGCGCGUUCUUCAAGAAAUAAAAGCCAAGUGCCAGAAGCAGCGUGAAGAGGCCGAGCGUAUUAAGAUAGAAGAAGCCGAGCUUAAUAAGAAGUGUAAAGGAACCGCGAUUAAGAAAAAUUGUGAAGAACUGGCGGCUAAAAAGAAAUGCGAGGAAGCAGAGCGCAGGAAGAAAUGCGGGGAAGCGGGGCGCAGGAAGAAAUUCGAGGAAGCAGCGGCGCAGAAAAGGUGCGAGGAAGCAGCGGAAAAGAAGAAAUGCGAGGAAGCAGCGGCAAAAAAGAAAUGCGAAGAAGCAGCAGCAAAGAAAAUAUGUUUGGAUGCAUCGGCUAAAAAAAAUUGCGAUGAAACAGCGGCUAAAAAGAAAUGUGAAGAAGCAGAGGCAAAAAAGAAAUGCGACGAAGCAGAGCGUAAAAAGAAAUGCGAGGAGGAAGCGGCAAAUAAAAAGUGUGAGGAAGCAGCUGGAAAAAAAAAAUGUGAGGAAAUAAUACAAGGAAAAACGUGUGAGGAAGCAGCGGGUAAAAAGAAACAUGAAGAAGAAGCCAAGAAAAAAACAUGCGAAAAAGGUGAUCGUAAGAAGAAUGAUCAGGAAGCAGCGGCUUUAAAUAAAUGCGAACAAGAAAAAAAUAAAAAAAGCGCAGCAGCCGAGAAAAAGAAGAAAACCGAAGAAGCCGCUCUUAACAAAAAAUGCGAGGAAGCCAAACCGAAAAAUAAAUGUGAUGCCGAGAAAAAUAAAGAAUCUGAAGAAGCGAAGAAAAAAAAAGAUUGUGAACUAGCCGAGUUUAAAAAAAAAUGUAAUGAGUUCUCAAAAGAGGUAAAGAAUGAGGAAUGUAAAGACAAACAAGACAAAUAGUCGGAAACCUCUCGGCAACCAUAUUGAAAAUGAAGCUUACGGUGACGAGGGAGAUGGAGUCCCAGACUAAAGACGAGUUGAUGGCAGUAUUAACUUUUAUUUCUAAAAUGUCCAUAAAUUAAUCAAGGUAAUUUCACAAUCCGACAAGACUAAAAGCAACCGUUGAUCCAAUACCCGGUUGUUGCCAACCCUAGAUCAGUAGCACUACAAAAGCGCGCCCCAAGCCGUACAUUUCUUCGAGAUAACUGAUUAAUGUUUGCCUUCCUGGUUGAAAAUGGUUUCAACACUAAAGCAUUAAAGCCGGUUCAGGCUGGCUUUAUCGUCAGCCGGAUGAA